UCGUGUCGGGUGGGUCCAAUCCUCUGCUGUGUCGCCAUGAACACCCUUGGUCUUUUGUGCGCCUUUUCCGCCGUGCUCAGCUGCCGAGAUUGCUGUGUUGGCUCAUCCGUUGUGUCUCACGCUCCAGCGACAGCCGUUGCCGUCCACGCUCCGGUUGCGCUAGUGGCCCCCUAUGUCUCGGUGGGACAUCACGCUCCCCUGCCACUGGCGUCUGCUGCGUCCCAGUACCACGCCCAGGACGAGCUUGGACAGUACUCCUUCGGCUACAGCGGCGGCCCCUCCUCCAGAAGCGAGAGUCGUGACGCCUACGGCACCGUGCGAGGUGCUUUCAGCUACGUCGACUCCUACGGGAACGUCCAGUCCCGAUCCUACGUCGCCGACGACUUCGGCUUCCGCGUGAUUGGCACCGACGGGCUUCGGCACAAGCGCUCCUACGGCACUUUCCCCGCCUCCACCGGUCCCCUGGCCACCGUGUCCCACGUGACUCCUGUGUUUCAUGCUGCUCCUGCCUUUGCUUCUGUUGCCUCCCCUCUCGGAGGCUUCUCCCACGGACACCACGCAGUCCCCUCCUUCACCAGCUACAGUAGCCACCUGACCCACCCCUACGUGAACGUGCUUCGUCACAAGCGCUCCUACGGCACCUUCCCAGCCUCCACUGGUCCUCUGGCCACCGUGUCCCACGUGACUCCUGCAGUGGCCCCUGUGAUUCAUGCUGUGUCCCCUAUGGUUCAUGUUACUCAUGCUGUGUCCCCUGUAGUCCAUGCUGCUCAUGCCGUGGCUCCUGUCGUGUCCUCACUUACGAACUUCCCCUAUGGACACCACAGAGUUCCAUCCGUCACCAGCUACAGGAGCUACUUGGCUCACCCUCUGCUGAGCAAAGCUGUGAACUACUAAGCUUGUGCUUACAUCCCUAAUGGCUGUAAGAAAGCGCUGCCUUUUAUCAAUUAAAAACAGAUUUUUGAAAUAUACGUAUACCCUCAUAACCCUCCUCCAUCUCCUCUCUUUCCUGUCUAGAUAUCUUGCUCUUGAUUUUCUUUCUGUGUAUGUAUCUGUCUGUGUCUGUCUCCUUGACAUUUCGUGGGUGAAUUGUUUGUGCAGAAUUAAUUUAUUGUGAGCAAUGAACUCGGAAAAUAAA